AAAUUUCCCGCUUGUUUAUGCGUGCGCACGAUGGUGGCGCUAGUGUCGCACUUUGCCUCGGUGUCUCUUCCGGUUUUAUCUGUGGUACGAGCAGAGUGAGUUUCGGAGAGAACAAUGAAGUUUAAUUCAAUGGUGACGUCCUCGAGGCGGAAAAAUCGCAAAAGGCAUUUCACAGCACCUUCUCACAUCAGAAGAAGGCUAAUGUCCUCACCUUUGUCAAAGGAAUUAAGACAAAAAUAUAAUGUACGCUCGAUGCCGAUUCGUAAAGAUGACGAAGUACAGGUUGUCCGUGGUCACUAUAAAGGCCAACAAGUUGGAAAAGUAAUCCAAGUCUACAGAAAGAAAUUCGUUGUUUAUAUUGAAAGGAUUCAAAGGGAAAAGACGAAUGGUGCAACUGCUUACGUUGGCAUUGAUCCUUCAAAGACUGUCAUUGUUAAACUGAAGAUGGAUAAGGAUCGAAAAAAGAUCAUCGACAGGAGAAGUAAGGGACGUCUCGCAGCAUUAGGAAAAGAUAAAGGAAAAUACACCGAGGAAACGGCUGCAGCUAUGGAGACAUCGUAGGUUUAAAAAUUCUCUCUACUUGUACCACAAAAAUAAAGUGCUUGAAUUUCAAACACUUACCAAAAAAAGAAACUAUUUUUACUUUUAAA